AUGGCCUUUGUGUAUAACAUUAAGGCUGGCCUGGAGAGCCCAGCGGAUGAAGAGGGGGUCCAUGACUCCUUUAACCAGCUGAUAGAGGAUCAGAGACAGGAAGCCUUGGAGCUGCAGGAACUACAGAGAGACCUGGACGAGGAGGAACGAGACAGUGUAGCGUACCUGUCCAGCCCUGGUCAGGAGAUAUGGCGUGGGAGCCCGUGGAGGGGUGAGGAGGAAGGGGGGAGACAGUUAGACCCCCUUCUAGAGGAACGCUGGUCCUCCGCCACCCUCAAAGUCCUCUCCUCCAUGCCCAGCCGCACCAUCGGUCGUAGUCGAGGUGCUAUCAUCUCUCAGUACUAUAACAGGACCAUGAAGUUGAGAAGACGCAGACAGAGCAGGCCUUCCAUAAAGGACUUCUCCCGCUCCGCACGGCCCAGUAUCCGUGGUCACGGCAUGGAGACAGACUGCAUGGAGACCGAGGGCGUGGAUGAGGAGGGGCGUAAGCGUGACCAACUGGUCAACAACCUUCAGAACCUCUCUCUGAGUGACCGGGUCAGGAUGUUGCGAGCUAUGCCUCUCUCUGUGGCAGAGAAGAGUGAACUAAGGAGGUUGGCUGACAGGAAGGGUCAACGCUCCAAUCACAGUCAGAUCUCCUGUUGCAGCCAGCUCAAGUAUCACAUCAUCAUCGCUCUGAGACAUAGCUGGUACAGUUGUCUCUCCUUCCUCCACUCCCUACAGCUGUGGCAGGUGGCGCUGAAGAGGGUGAGCGGUCGUUUCGGCACCGGCGUCCUCUCUUACUUCCUGUUCGUCAAGACCCUCCUCUUCUUCAACAUCUUCCUGUUCCUGGUCACGGGUUUGUUACUGGCCGUGCCCCAGGCAGUACACCCCCCCACAUUAACCCAGGGACACGAAGCCUUCUCUGGGCUGGAGCUGCUCACUGGAGGGGGUUAUUUCUCAGACUCAGUGAUGUACUAUGGUUACUAUAGUAACUCUACCCUGUCUAAGGACUGUAGAGUCACUAGUAGCAGUAUGGAGCAGCAGCCCAGUCCCUCUGUAUCUAGAAGGACAAUGGAGACAGACUGUGGAGGGAAGCCGUCCUACAACAUGCCCCUGGCUUACUUCUUCACCAUAGGACUGGCUUUCUUCAUCACCUGCAUCAUCCUCGUCUACAGCAUGUCCAAGUCGUUUGGUCAGAGUUUCCGUAUAGACAAGUCACAUGGUAUCCUGGCGAUGAAGGUGUUCUGUUCCUGGGACUUUAAAGUCAUCAAGAAAACCUCCGUCAAACUCCGGUCUGAAAACAUCUGCAUUCAACUCAGGGAGUUGUUAGAGGAGACGAGUCGUAAGCAUGUCCAGAAGACUGCGUGUCAGAGAAUAGGACGUGUGCUGGUACAUGUUCUGGCCUGGUUCAUCUGUAUCGGCAGUACAGUGGCCUGUGUUCUAGCUCUCUACUACUUCUCUGAGUACAUGCACAAGGACCUCCAGUACAGAUCUCGUAUUCCCACUAAGGACCCUCUCCUGAAGGAAGCCAGUCUGUUGGCCCUGCCAGUCGUAGUGUCUCUCAUCAACCUCCUGCUCCCUGGCAUCUUCAACGCUACUGCCUGGAUGGAGGAGUACGACUCACCCAGCGUAAACACAUACAUCGCCAUCAGCAGGAACCUGAUGUUGAAAGUGAGCGUGCUGGUAGUGCUGUGCUUCCAUUGGCUGGGCCGGAUCGCUUCUGACCCCAACAGCAUUGGCCUGCAGUGCUGGGAGAGUUUUGUAGGACAAGAGCUGUACCGCUUCCUCCUCAUGGACUUCAUCUUUACCAUACUGGACACCUUCUUUGGAGAGUUCCUCUGGAGGUUGUUUUCUCAGAGGGUGUUGAAGAGGAAAAGAAAGCCUGUGUUUGACAUCUCCAGGAACGUGUUGGAACUCAUCUACGGACAGACAUUGGCCUGGUUGGGGGUGUUGUUCACUCCUCUGCUUCCUGCUGUACAGAUCAUCAAACUACUGCUUCUCUUCUACAUGAAGCAGACUAGUGUGAUGAUGAACUGCCAGUCCCCUAGGAAGCCCUAUAGGGCCAGUCAGAUGAGCACCAUCUUCAUCACCCUCCUCUGCUGCCCUUCCUUCCUGGGGGCUGCUGUUUGUGUCAGCUACACCAUGUGGAGUAUCCGUCCGUCUGAGUCAUGCGGUCCGUUCCGCAGCCUGUCCACUAUGUUCCAGUCAGGGAAGCUGUGGGUGAAGGAGUUGGAGACACACAACCCUAACCUGGCCUGGUUAGCCUGGGCUCACAGCUACAUAGUGGAGAACCCUCUGUUUCUGUUCCUCGCUGCUGGGAUCUUCCUGAUAGUGAUUUACUUCAACACCCAGGUGGUGGAUGGACAGAGGAAGAUUAUCAGUCUGCUGCAGGAGCAAAUAGAAAACGAGGGGGAGGAUAAGAAGUUCCUGAUCACUCGUCUCCAGGCCAUCCACCAGCAGAAACGACCCCUCGCCCCUCGCAGACUCACCAGUCAGGCCAGUCAGGAUUCCAACUGUUAGCAUUCCAACUACUGAAAGGGCAUUCUCUCCCUUCUCAUUGGAGGGAAUAUCUCAGAAAAUGUCCUGAAUGGACCAACCUGGAUGUAGCUCCCCUCUCCUGCCUCUGGGAAGAGUUGUUAAGGGAUUCUUCACCUGGAAAACUAUUCUCAUAGGAUGUCCUCUUUCCCAGGAAGCUGAGUUGGGACUGGGACUAUAAAGGAAUUUACUUCUUUUACAAUAACAAAUCCCAUAGACACCAAAACGUGAAUCUGAUAGGAUCCACACUCUUUCCCAGGAAGCUGGUCCUUAUAAGGAUUGGGAAUGGGACAAAGCAGGCUUUCCCUCUUCCAAUAACAGACUACUCCUCAUAGGGAAAGACCACUUUAUAGGAUCUUACUAUGGCCAGGCCACAGGCUCCACCUUACUGUAACUAGGCUCCACCUUACUGUAACUAGGCUACAUAGGAAAAGACCACUGAGUUUUAAUGAUCUUACUAUGGCCAGGCCACAGGCUCCACCUUACUGUAACUAGGCUACAUAGGAAAAGACCACUGAGUUUUAAUGAUCUUACUAUGGCCAGGCCACAGGCUCCACCUUACUGUAACUAGGCUACAUAGGAAAAGACCACUGAGUUUUAAUGAUCUUACUAUGGCCAGGCCACAGGCUCCACCUUACUGUAACUAGGCUCCACCUUACUGUAACUAGGCUCCACCUUACUGUUUAUUCUUCAUGUAAAUGAAAGGACAUGCCACUGUCACAAAACAAUGGUUUAUCGACGCUCAAUACUUUCAGCCAAGGAUCUUUGUCCUUUUUUAAACUUGGAUUGGAAGCCCUGGUCAUGAGAGAGGAUGUAGGGGUGAAGAGGUGAGGAAACGACACUGGGAUACGGUGUGCUUGUAGGGACACAGAACGGAAUGCGCUUUUUAGAAAGAAUAUUUUUUUCCCUCACAACUUUGAACAGGGAACAUAUCAAAUGCCAAUAAGCUGCCAACGUUGUAUAAAGGAUUAAAACAGUGGCAUUGAUUAAAACAGUGGCAUUGUUAAGCAGGUGAAUUCUGUCAAAUAUAGGAUUUGUAUUUUUUUAAAUUGUAAAUAGUAUGAUUUUUUUUUUUUACUUUAGAUGUUUUUAUUGUAUAAACAGGUAUUUUGUCAACAGCCCUUUCAUACCAACUGUGAACAGGUUAUUUCUUUCCGUUUCUGAUAUAAAAUGAUUUUGAUGUUUUUAUGUUAAUUGGUGGUCACCACACUGCUUCUGAAAUGGCACUCUUCCCUACAUAGUGCACGACUUUAUAGGGCGCUGGUCGUACGUAGUGCACUAUGUAGAGAAUAGGGUACCUUUUGGGAUGCAUCCUCUGUUUACUGACUCUGUAGGAAGAAUCCACCUCUUAGUAUCGGGCGAUCUGAUUGGUUCGUUCAAACAGGAAAUGGUCUUAGAUCAACCACUGGAACAGUACGUUAUUGGAAUGUCUCUUUGUUUUUAAGUUGUUUUGUUUGUACGAAAUUAAAUGUUUUAACAUA